AUGUGUUGGGGCCGAGGGGAAUGUGCUUCUGACACAUGUGGACAAACACUUAUCCGGACUGAAGGCCACAGAAUCUACUAUCGGACAAACAAUCGCUACCAGCUGAAGGGGCAGCUUCUUCAAGGAGAUGUGUCCUUGACCAUAGAGAAUGUCACUGAGAGUGACAGUGGUCUCUACUGCUGUCGGGUGGAAAUGAAGGGGUGGAAUGGUGUACAGAGACUGACCACCUCACUGCAAGUUCAACCAGUUGGUCAAGGACAAAGAACAGAAGUGCAGGAGACGAGCCUCUUUGGGGACAGCCUCUUCCUGACCCAGACCUACUCCAAUGAGUCCCAUUACACCUCUAAGGAAACCCAGAAUUACUCCAAGGAGACCCAGAACUACUCCAAAGAGACCCAGAACUACUCCAAAGAGACCCAGAACUACUCCAAAGAGACUCAUCACUACUCCAAGGAAACCCAUCACUAUUCCAAGACCAAAAACAACCAAAAAACCCACAACUACUCCAAGGAAACCCACAACUACCACAAAACCCACAACUACUCCAAGAAGACCAAAAACAACCAAAAAACCCACAACUACUCCAAGGAGACCAGCAACUACCACAAAACCCACAACUACUCCAAGAAGACCAAAAACAACCAGAAAACCCACAACUACUCCAAGGAGACCAAAAACAACCAGAAAACCCACAACUACUCCAAGGAGACCAGCAGCUACCACAAAACCCACAACUAUUCCAAGGAGACCCUCAACAACCAUCAAACCUACAACUACUCCAAGGAGACCAGCAACUACUACAAAACCCACAACUACUCCAAGGAGACCAGCAACUACCACAAAACCUACAACUACUCCAAGGAGACCCUCAACAACCACAAAACCCACAACUACUCCAAGGAGAUCAGCAACUACCACAAAACCCACAACUAUUCCAAGGAGACCCUCAACAACCAUCAAACCUAUAACUACUCCAAGGAGACCAGCAACUACCACAAAACCCACAACUACUCCAAGGAGACCAGCAACUACCACAAAACCUACAACUACUCCAAGGAGACCCUCAACAACCACAAAACCCACAACUACUCCAAGGAGAUCAGCAACUACCACAAAACCCACAACUAUUCCAAGGAGACCAGCAACAACCACAAAACUCACAACUACUCCAAGGAGACCAGCAACUACCACAAAACCCACAACUACUCCAAGGAGACCAGCAACUACCACAAAACCCACAACUACUCCAAAGGGACCCUCCACUACCACAAAACCCACAACUACCCCAAGGAGACCCUCAACAACCAUCAAAUCCACAACUACCACAAAACACACAACUGCUUCAACAAGACCCACAAAUGCUCCAAAAUCAACCAGAAUCUCUACCUCUACUCCUCCACCACCAGCAAACACACAGACUCCAAAACCAGCAGUUUACACCAAUACUGUGACAUCUUCACACCGCCCUUGGAAUAAUCACACCGAAGUGGUCCCCACACCAAACCCCCUGAAGAUCCACACCAAGGGCCUCUAUAUCGGCAUCUCCGUGUCUGUUGUGCUGCUGCUUCUCACGAGCAUCCUGAUGAUCAUAA